AUGGCAAAUAGGAAAUGGUUGAGCAUUGUGGUAGAUGGAAGCACAGCCAUGGGUCCUUUCUGGCGUAAGAUUGUUUCAGAGUAUCUCGUAAACAUUGUCAGGUCCUUCUUUGGCAACCCAAGAGGAGAGGGAGUUUAUCGUAAUUGUGAGGUUGGUUUAAUAAUCUACAACACCGGUCCAAGCAUAGGUAGGAACGUCCAAUAUAUCAAUUGGACAAACAACAUGGAACAGUUUUUGGCCUUGCUGCCGUUUUUAUCUUUCCAAGGGCAUAGUCUGAAUCAUACCGCAGCAGAAGGUUUGGCUGAAGCUUUAGGGUGUGAAAGGCACUGCAUUCUUGUGGCAACGGGUGAACCUGUUGCUGAGAGAAUGUUGGUGCCUUUGCCUAGGGUUCAUCAAGGAAAAUUUAUACAUGGACAAAUCAGGAUUUUACUUGCCAACUUUUUAGACGUGGCAAAAAUGUUUGUCCCGCUGAGGAUAAGCCUUUCUGUCAUAACUCCAAGGCUACAUCCACACUUUGUAUCGAUUUUCAACGAGGGAAAUUCUCUAGAGAAGAGCACUCCCAUCAUGGACUAUGGAAAUGGAAACCUAUUCUCCCCAAGUAGCAUGAAUGUUGGGCAGCCAAGCUUGAACAUUGGGCAGCCAAUCUUGAACAUUGGGCAGCCAAGCUUGAACAUCAGACAGCCAAGCUUGAACAUAAGACAGCAAAGCAUGAAUAUGGGACAACCAAGCAUUCAGGGUUUCCAAAAUGUUAGACAUGAGUCUGCAAGCAAACUACCCCUUGAUGUCUCACAGGCAACACCGAAUGUGAUGAAUGCUCCUCCUGCCGGUUGCUUCGUGCCAAUGAAUUCAUUUGAAGAAAUAAUGUCACUGCUAAGUGAUGACAAUAAUAAUCAUCAAGAAGAUCAGAUAAGCAAAAUAUCCAAGACAUUGGAAGAGGAGGACUCUUUAGCAUACAUUUUUCAACUAGAUCAGCCGAUUUCCUUAGAAGAGCUUCUUGGACAAGAUCAACCACUGUCUUCUAAGACUCAAGUGGGAGGAGAAUCAUCACAAGUGCUGAGGGAUAUUCCACAAAGUGUAACAAGAGACACAACUUCAACUACUCAACUGACCUCAAACUCAUCUGAGAUGAUGAACAUUUCAAUUUCACCAGGGAUAGUAGUAUCCAAUGCAUGCACUUCCAUAGUUGGAGAAGGGUCUUCAAAUGGGCUAGCUCAGGAACUAGGAGGCAGCAUUUUCAGCUCAGAAAACUGUUUAAAUUCUAGUUCGUCAUUGCCUCAAAACAAUCCAAAAUGUUGGCCUGCGGGAUCAAAUGCAUUGUAUCCUUCACAAGCUGCUGCUUCACUUGGUGAUUCCAUCUUCCUAAAUACAACAGGGAACUCAGUCACUCAGUUUGAAUCACCAAGCUUCCCAGUGCAUCAAUAUGGUUAUCCUAGCACUAAUGUUAUUACUAGUUCAGGUACUGGUUCUCUAUAUGGAAACGCACUAACUCAAUUUCUAUCGCCAAACUCCCCAGUGGGUCCUUAUGAUUGGCCUAGUGUUGGUCCUAAUGGGAGUGGCAUUGUUGGUGACGGUGCUGGUGCCAGUAGCCUUCUUGGAAAUUCAAUCUCUCAAUUUCAAUCACCAAGCUCCCCUCUGCAUCCUUAUGGUAGUGCUAGUUCUGGUGGAAUUGCUUGUGCUAGUGCAAGUACUGAUGCUAUUGUUGUUUCUUCUGCUGCUAAUGCCAAUGCUAAUGCUCAUGCUACUGCUUAUGGUAAUCAUCAACAAUUUGCAAGGCAACAUCAGUUCGAAAUGAGCGGGAUCGAUCCACUAGGUGUACCUUCUGCAAUUGUAGCAAACCCUUUGGCUUCUCCUGCGGCAAUGGUGCCUCAAUAUAAUCAGACACAGGUUUUCCCUCGCCAACCAUCAACGGAUUUUAAGGACUUCGUGCCAGCGUGGGAGGGAUAUCUGGUUGGAAAUAUUCACCCAUUCUGCGCAUUCUUUAAUCAAGCUCAGGCCUGGAGGAAACAGACAUCACCUGGCACGCUUACAUAUAACUGGUCCACUACGCUGGAGAUCGGCCUCUACGUACCCAGAAAGGCUGUCAUGCAUACAAUGAGGACUUAUGGUGGAGUCCUUGAUGACGUGUUCUUUGAAGUAACUCAGUUCGACAAUCUUGAUCUGUACUACCAUCUCAUGAGUAACAAUCUGUGCGCAAAAAUAUCUCUCCCUUCUCAUACUUUAAUGUUAUCUACAACUGAUAGCAAGCACUGCUACUUGGGAUCAAUUUUCCCAGGGGUGAAGCCAAAGCAGCCCCGAGUGAUGGAGAAAAGGUUAAAAGAGCUGCUUAAGCGAGAAGGUAUGACAUCAGAGGAAGAGAAAGAGACAGAUCAUGAUCGUGCUGCAACUUCACUUGUUAUUUCCUCAGCUGUGUUCAGCUUUAGAUGCACUGAAAAUUAA